CAUUAUCUGCUCAGCUGCUGCUUCUCCCUGAACCCUGCAGAGCUUCCGUUGCUUCACCGGCGACUGUAACUUCUUCCGCUUCUGGGCCGCCCGCACCUCCAUUGCCCGGCUGAAGUGAAGGAGGUGACGGCGCUCUGCUUUCAGUUGGGGUCCCUUGAUGGUGAUGCAGGAGAAAAGUUCCAUUGUUUUGUUUGGGAAUUAAGGGAAGCUGCUAUUGUACGCUGUCUAUGGCUACUCCAAAUCAAGCUGGCAUGGAGAUUCUACACCGACUGAAGUCCACGGAACCUCCGGCGUGGCUUGCACCUAAUCCUUCGCUUUCUCAGGAAGCGCGAACCGCGUCGUCCCACCUCUUCUCGUCUCUGAAGCCGUUCUGUCCGAAAUCUCCUUUCGAGCAGCUACUGAUCGAUGGUUUUGAUGCCGAGCAAAUCUGGCAGCAGAUUGACCUCCAGUCGCAGCCUCUGAUAUCGAGCCUGCGCAGGGUGGUGAGGCAGUUCGAGAAGGAUCCGGGUGGAAUUUCAAGAUUUUUCGGGGAAAGUAAGUCUGCAGAUGAAGGCCAAAAAGUUUCGGAAAAGUCGGUUGCAGGAGAGAUUGAAAGCGAGGAUCUUGAUGGCUUGGAGGAUAUGGAUGCAGAUGGAUUCGAGGAGGACGAAGAAGAUGAGGAGGGAAUGGAGGAAGGAGGAAAGAAGGGAUGGGUUGAGGAUGGUGAGGAGAGUGGAAGUGAGGAUGGGGAGGGAGAUGAGGAGGACGAAGAGGAGGAAGGGAAGGGAGGCGGAGGGAUUGAAGAUGGUUUCUUGAAGAUCAACGAAUUGGAAGACUAUUUGAAGGAAGAUGAGUCAAGGGAAUACGGGUUAGGAGAUGCUGGCAAGAGCAAAAAGAAGGAAAAGAAAGCUAAAGGAAAGGACUUGGAUGAGAGUGAUGAGGAUGAAGAAGAGGAGGACGAGGAUGAAGAUGAUGAGCUUGGAGCAUUUGGUGUUGCCGAUGAAGAUGAUGAAGACGCAGAUAAGUUGGCAAGAUAUGAAGAUUUUUUUGGUGGUAAAAAGAAGAAAGAUUCCAAAAGAAAACCCAAAGUUAUCAAUGAGUCGGAAGAAGAUGUUAGCACUGAUGACGAAGAUGAUGAUAAUGAUGGAGCGGCUGCAAAGAAGAAAAAGAAAAAUCUCUCCACCCAUGAAAGGGAGCUUUUGGACCUCAAAGCCGAAAUAGAGCAAAUGGAAAAGGCGAAUUUGGAGCCGAAGGCAUGGACGAUGCAAGGAGAGGUCACAGCUGCAACAAGGCCGAAGAACAGUGCUCUGGAAGUGGAUCUAGAUUUUGAGCACAAUGCUAGACCUGCACCGGUUAUAACUGAGGAGGUCACUGCAUCACUUGAAGAGUUGAUCCGGAAAAGGAUCCUCGAGGGGCAUUUUGAUGAUGUUCAGAAGCCUUCCAGUUUACCUGCUAAAGCACCCAGAGAAUUGAAAGAGCUGGAUGACAACAAGAGCAAGAAGGGUCUGGCUGAAAUCUAUGAGGAAGAGUAUGCACAGAAGACAAAUCCGGUGGCUGCCCCAUUGUCAUUCAAUGAUGAGCAGAAAAAAGAGGCUGGAUUGCUGUUCAAGAGGUUGUGCUUAAAAUUGGACGCUCUCUCUCAUUUCAAUUUUGCUCCAAAACCUGUAAUAGAAGACAUGUCCAUCCAAACUAAUGUCCCUGCUCUUGCAAUGGAAGAGAUUGCACCUUUGGCAGUCUCGGAUGCGGCCAUGUUGGCUCCCGAGGAGGUUUUUGCUGGCAAAGGUGACAUUAAAGAUGAGGCAGAGUUGACACAAGCAGAGAGGAAGAGGAGGAGAGCCAACAAGAAAAGGAAGUACAAAGCUGAGUCGGCAAAAAGAGCAGCAAGGAAGGCUAGUACCGCUCCAUUGCUGAAGCGAAGCGAAGGUAAUGAAGAUUAAACUUUUGCAAUGGUUCAUCUGAAAUUUAAGGUUUGCAUCAGCUCCUCUUAACUGGGAAGGUUGGAAGAUUUGAGGAGUCCGAGCAAAUGAAACAGAAGGUUCCUCAGGAGCCCCGUUUAUGCAGUUGCUCAGUUGGGAAAAGACUCGGGCUUUCAUGGUUGAGCUAGAAAGAGUACAUAAUUGAUGUGAUUUUUGCUCAAACAUCCAAUCUCAAUGAGUUAUACAUCAUAAGCUAUGUUAAAGGCAGAUUUAUAGAGACCGAGCAUUUUGCUCGAGUCUAGUCUCACAUCGAUGGCCUUCAAUGUACUUAAAAUAGUUAUCAGAAUGUUCAUGGAUGUAUCGAAUACAACAAUUUUGACCCUGCAUAUGAGUUGGUUGCUAUAAGUCGCUUGAUUGA